GGCAUCAAUUGUUACAGAUUCCCCCAACAAGGAGACACAAGCUCAGUACGAAGUGUACAGACACAACAAGCAGAUGUCCCGUGAGACGCUGUGCCGGGUACCAAGACCCAAGGUGAUCAGAGUCUCAGAUGUGUACCCCAGCACCUCCAAGUUGUACGUGCCCGCCUGCACAGUGCUCUAUCAGUGCGGGGAAGACACCGGCUGCUGCGGGGGCACUGCCCAGCGCUGCGGCCCAAAGACGACGAAGAGGGUUGAACUCUACUUUUACUAUUCCAACAAAACCACCUACAUCGUGAACACCCACAGUCGACAGAGGACCAGCAGCGGCCUGGAGAAGCUGCCGUUCUACAACCACACAGAGUGCGAGUGUCAAGACAAGUUGGAUGAGGUCAUGCCCAGAGAUGGCAACGCGGUCGACUACCGCCAGGAGAGGAACUCGGAACACAGUUGCAAGUGCCCUAGCGAGUACACCGUAAGGAGGUUGGCCAACGGAUCUUGCUCUUGCGACUGCUUUGAUAAACAGCGGGACUGCAUCAAGUACAAGAAAGGGAAAGAGUACUUCAACCAUAGCGACCGUCUGUGUAUUGAGAUGGGGACUUGCCAGCUGCCAUCUUGUGAUUUUGGAGUAUAUUUGCGAAGUUCCGGCCGUUGCCCGCGUAAACACGAGAAGUUCCGCACGUGGUCUCGUUACCACUAAAUGUACUAUGUAUGUUUAUAAUUAAGUUUUUCAAGUCACCAGGCCAUCACAUAUUGAAAUUUAAAAGGUUUGUGUCAUAAGUUUCUAUUUAUUUAUUCAUAUAUUAAGUAUGUAUUUUAAUAUUUCCUUGUGUUUU